AAUUUGUUGUCGAUCGAUAAUCGCGCGAGUUAAAGUAAUCUGGUAAAUACUGUAGUAAACAAACAGAUUGAAAGCAGAUAGAAUUAGACAAAAAUCGAAUCAGAAUGCCAUUUAUGAUAGGCAAGGAGCCUGUGCGGCGAACAAUGAAAUAUCUAAUGGCUGGCAAAUUGGUUUUAAAGGAUAAGAUACAAAUAAUGUCCAUUAAUUAUAACACACAUGGCAAUCAUCACCGAGGUACAAGAGACUUCGUGUUUUGGCAUCUACCGCAACUACAAUAUAAAAAUCCAAAUGUGCAAAUAGUUACCUUUAAAAACAUAACCCCAUCGCCAUUCAUAAAAUGUUACUACGCGAAUGGUAAGACAAUAUUAAUAGAUGUAGACAGCAAAUCGAAGGACGAUAUACUUGAUCAUCUCUUGAGAGUAGUAGGAAAACCGCAGAACGUAUUGAAAGAGGAAGCUAUAGCUCAAGAAAAGAAGACUAAUCCAGCAAAUUUCGGAGUUGGUUGUGAUAGAAGUUGUAUAUGUCAUAUCCCAGGACAAGUGCCAUGUCCUGGUAUAGUACCAUUGCCAGAUCACAUGCGUAGAAAGAUAAUAAUAGAACGAUUACAGAAUAAAGAUUAAACAAACUGUAGUUGAAAAUUCUUGUUACACUUGUAUUAUAAUUGUAUUACAUGUACGUACAUAUGUGGUCUAUAUCCAAAAAUAUGAACAAUGGAAAUAACUUGUA